GACCAAUAUGAAAGAUGGAAUCAUGAUUGGACAGUUGAUAUUUUAAUUGAACGUAAUUUGGUUAGUAUGAAGACUGUUUAUCAUUGUCUCGGUUCACUGGUACAUGAACGAGGUGUACUUACUAGCGCUGAAUGUCUAAACAGGACAAGUCCAUUCGCAGGUAAUACGAUAAUAAAAGUAUACGGCGCGACAUUUUUGAAUUUAGAAACUGGUUUGAAAUUAACAAAUAUACAUUCGAUUUCUAAUGUAAGUUAUCAUGAUUGGCAAAAAGAAUACAAUAGGACAAAACUGGAUUAUGCGUUACUAACUCUUUACUGGCCGAUUUUUUUUAAUAAUCAACUACAUUUAAUAAAUUCAGCAAAUGAAUCGAUAAUCGGUAGCAUUGAUUUUGAAAAUUGCAUAUUAACUUCUAUUACACGUGACAAAAGAAAACAUAUAGUUCCAGUAGAAUGUUUAUAUAUCAAUGAGGGAAAUAAAUUAAAUUGUACGUCGAAGGAUGACGAAGGCGGAUUUUACGAUUCCGGGAGUCCAGUAAGCUGUCAAUUGAAAGAUUCAAGAACAUUAGUAUUAAUUGGAUUCAUAUCAAAAUAUCGUCGAUUUUUGAAUGAGGACGGAUCCAGAACGUUAAUACCUAUAUAUACUUCUAUUAUUCCUGUAGGCCAAUCGUUACAUUAUAAUGAUGUUAGUCAACAUCUAAACACCAUUGUAAAUAUAUAAAUAUAUACACAUACACAUACAUUUAUAUAUAUAUAAAUAGAAUACUCAAAUUAAUUCAUAACAUGUUUGAUAUGAUAUUAUCAUAUAUGUUGAUAUAUGAUGUUACGAAAAAUGUAUAUGGCAUAGCAUUGAUAUAUAUGAUUAUGUGAGCUCAUAUAUAGUUAUAUAUAGAUCAUAUCUGAUCUUAUAUAUUUAUUAUCCUGGGAGAUUUAAGUGUAAGAAUUUAUGUAAAUUUCAAAUAAAAAUUGUAAAUUUAUAUAUGUAUCUAUAUAUAUAUAUUAGGGUGUGUCAUUUUAGGGCAACUUUUUUUUUCAACGCCCAUUUAAAUAAAAUGGGAAAAAAAAUUUGAGAUUGGAAUUUCAUACUCCGGCAAUGGCUCACUGUGCAGAUAAGUUCAGGAUGUGAUUUCGUAGGGGAUUAAACGCGUACAAAAAAAGUCUAUUAUCAUUUUUUGAUAAAUCCAUCUGUUGAAAAGUUAUUGGAGAUGGAAGUCAAAUUUCCAGUAAAUUUCUAGAUCUUUUUACUUUUCCAGCGAAACUAUCAGACUUAUCACAAAAUGUCAUGAGAUCUUUUUUGUAGACAAUUUUAUUGUCUACAAAUUAUCUUUGAUAAAGUUUUUUAAAAUUCCGCAUUGUUUUCUAGUUAUUUCUAUUUUAAUACCAAGCUCUUAAAAAAAGGAGUGUUCUGAUCGAUUUCAGAAGCUGGACAUUAAAAUGGAAAUAACUAGAAAACAAUGCGGAAUUUUAAAAAACUUUAUCAGUGAUAAUUUGUAGGGAAUGAAAUUGUCUACAAAAAAGAUCCUGUGACAUUUUGUGAUAAGUCUGAUAGUUUCGCCGGAAAAGUAAAAAGAUCUAGAAAUUUACUGGAAAUUUGACUUCCAUCUGCAAUAACUUUUCAACAGAUGGAUUUAUCAAAAAAUGAUAACAGACUUUUUUUGUACAGCGUUCAAUUCCCUACGAAAUUACAUCCUGAACUUAUCUGUACAAUGAGCCAUUGUCGAGGUAUGAAAUUCCGAGCUUAAAGUUUUUUUUUUCCAUGUUAUUUAAAUAGGAAAUCAAAAAUCACCAAGAGGCAGCUCUUAAUAUUAAUAUUAAGGGCUCCAAUUUUACCAGGCAUCUUAUUUUACCUGCCUGCAAGUACAGAAUUUAGUAGGACGUUGAAAAAAAAACCCUAAAA